UCAUCCUCCUUUUCCACUCUCCAACACUUCACUACAUUCAUUCCUUCCUUUAUUUUUUAUUCUCUGAAAACUACUCAAAAACCCACUAAACCCAACCAAAAAAAAACACAAAAACAUUAUCGAAUCCAAUGUUGUCAUCACCCAUUCUUGUCUCCUCCGCUCUCAUCCUCUCUCUCCUUCUCGUCCUAUUCUUCUCCCAACAAAUCAUCUUCCAAUUCUACUCCCCGACAACCACAGCCGCCACCGCCAACGCCGCCGACCUCUCCCUCUUCCACCGCGCCACCCACACAACAAACCACUUAUCCACCCUCACAAACCCUAAACCCAAAAUCGCUUUCCUCUUCCUCACUAACUCAAACAUCUCCUUCGCACCUUUAUGGGAAAAAUUCUUCGCCGGUAACAACCACCUCUUCAACAUCUACAUCCAUGCCGACCCCACUUCCUCCGUCGUCUCACCCGGCGGCGUUUUCCAUAACCGUUUCAUCCCUUCUCAAAUAACCCAACGCGCUUCUCCAACACUCAUCUCCGCCUCCAGACGUCUCCUAGCCUCCGCUCUCUUAGAUGAUCCGCUCAACCAAUACUUUACCUUAAUCUCCCAACACUGUAUCCCGCUCUUGUCGUUUCGAUUCGUUUAUAACUCUCUCUUUACAAAUCAGUUAAAGUUAUUACAGAGUUUUGCCAACUCUGAUAACUUUACAUAUCCAUAUCCCAGCUUUAUUGAAAUUGUCUCCGAUGAUCCCAAUCUCAAUGACAGGUAUAAUGCUCGCGGUGAGAAUGCAAUGUUGCCGGAAAUUGUGUUUGACGAUUUUCGCGUGGGUUCGCAGUUCUUUACCCUGAACCGGAAACAUGCAAAGUUUGUGGUGGGAGAAAAAAAACUAUGGAAGAAAUUUCAGAUUCCUUGUAUAAAUGUCUAUUCUUGUUAUCCAGAAGAACAUUACUUUCCAACUCUUUUGUCAAUGGAGGAUCCCAAUGGCUGCACUGGUUUUACUCUUACUAGAGUUAACUGGACUGAUUGUUGGGACGGACAUCCCCAUCUUUAUACUCCGGCUGAGGUUUCUCCGGAGCUUGUUCGGGAGUUGAGGCGAUCCAAUUCAAGUUAUUCGUAUUUCUUUGCGAGGAAAUUCUCGUCAGAAUGUCUUGGGUCGUUGAUGGAUAUAGCUGAUGAAGUUAUUUUCAAGGAUUGAAGCUUGCUUGGUAAUCUGGAUUGGUUUUGACAAUGGCAGGGUUUAGUUAAUGUGUAUAGAAAAUCUAGUUUCUUCAACUGUAAAGUUUAGUUGUAAUUUCUUCAAUGUGAAUGUAAGUUUUAGUAAUAGAAAAGCUGGUUUCCGAAGGAGACCACUUAUUUUGAAAUAUCGCAUGGUAACCAAAUAUUUGUGUGCAACAAUACAAUAGAAAAUAGACAAUAUCCUUUUGUGUCUAAUCUAUUGCUUUAAGUUUUUGAUGUGAAAUUUAAGGCUCAUAUCGGUAAGUAUUUUCAUCUCAAUCUUUUUAAAAGCUCCAAAUAA